AUGGAUACCGCCAUUGACCUUUCCGAUGCGUCAAAGGCCUUGGACCUCGAGAACAUUCGUUUUCAACUGAUUCGACUCGAAGAUACAAUCAUUUUCCACCUCAUCGAACGGGUACAAUUUCCUCUCAACGCUACAAUAUACGACCCUGUUGCUCUACCGAUACCAACAAGUAAUCUUGCUCUACCUCCCAACAUCUCUUUGGCCGAUUACCUCCUCUCCGAGACCGAGCGCUUACAUUCCACUGUGCGCCGAUAUGAUGCCCCAGACGAAUACCCAUUCUUUCCACAAGUCUUGCAACGCCCCAUACUCCAACAGUUAAAGUAUCCGAAACUUCUGCAUGACAACGAUGUCAAUGUCAACGACCUGAUCAAAGCGAAAUACAUCAAAGAGGUAUUGCCUGAAGCAUGCCGUAAGUUUGAACGGGAGGAUCGUGGGGAGACAAAGGAGAACUACGGCAGUGCUGCAACUUGUGACGUCGCUUGCUUGCAGGCUUUGAGCAGGCGCAUUCAUUUCGGAAAGUUUGUGGCUGAGAGCAAGUUUCAGGCGGAGACCGAGAGGUUUGUGAAGCUGAUCAAGGCCGAAGAUCGGGAAGGAAUUGACGCCGCUAUCACCAACGCAAAGGUUGAGCAAAAGGUCCUCGAGAGACUGCGACUGAAGGCCAGAACAUAUGGCAAGGAUCCAUCCGUUGGCUCCCAAGGUACCAGCAGUGGGGAGGAGAAGAUCAAUGUCGAGGCGGUUGUCCAGAUGUAUGCUAAAGUAGUCAUACCUCUAACUAAGGUUGUAGAGGUAGAAUAUCUGAUGCAGAGGCUCAAGGGCACCCAAUGGGAAUGA